UCUGCGCACUCCGCAGCUCGGAGCCGGUUGUAGAUGUGUGGCUUUUGAAGUCCCCUACAGUCUGGGUCUCUGAGCGGUUUCCCCCCUCCACGGUACCGGGCAGCGUACGCCUCCUCCUUUUACCCUCCCGUCUCGGCUUCUCCUCCUCCUCCAGUGUGUGACAAUGUGUCACGGCCGUGCGGUAGCCCCUCCGGCCCCACUGCCGUCUCCCACUCCGUCCUCCUCGUCUUGGGGCAAGCUUCUGCAGAGGAUCGCCGACCUGACCUCCGGCUCCCCACCUCCGACAGCGGCCCCAUUCCCUCCUAAAGCGGCUGAGGGCCAGCCCGCACUGGACUCGGACAGCGAUUACGGUAGUUUGGAUUCAGACAGUGACUCCCUCACUGAUGAUCCCUACGAGGAGUUCUUGUGCGCCGAUGUGAUGCAGCUGAUCGAGCAGAGCCUGAGCGAUGCCAAGCGCGGCGCCCUCCGCUGCUUCAAGCUGCUCAUCCCCGACCGGCUGACGGCGCAAGUGGCCGAGGAGCUGCUGCGGCUAGCGGCGGGCGAGCCGUGCGGCCUGCGGGGAGCGGUGCUCCACCUCAGCGUCGAGGAGCCGGGCGGCUGCAAGGACGUGGACCGCAUCGUGGUGGACGCCAGCCUGCCGCCGACCUUCGAGCUGACCCUGGUGCUGAGGCUGGAGGCCGGCCUGUGGUCUCGGAUCCAGGACCUGCUGAGUUCGGGCCCCUCGUUCACCCCGGGUUACAGCCAGGCUCUCCGGCUCAGCCCCCACUUCACCAUCAUCAAGAGGAAGCUGUAUAGCUCCACUGGCCUCUUCAUCGAGGAAUGCUGAGACAGAUGGGUAACAGCAGGAGGACACUCAACUCACAGACCAACCGGCCCAGAGUCUCUCCUGGACCGCGAAUAUCUGAUUCCAGUCACUCAUUCAUUCACCAGGCCUCACCUGCACAGUCAAACUGGGACAAAAGUUACUGGAUACGAACUUUGUACACAAGUUGCUUCUCCCUGAGGGAGAGUGCAGUGUUAACCUGGAAUGGGGCUCGUUCUGUACUGUCCAGACACUAUCUUUAGCAGUCAGAUGGCUUCAGAUACAAACAUGGUGCUAGUAUGUGUGUGUGGUUACAAGUUAAUGCCCCUUCCUGGGGUACAGCAGGUCUGCCGGGCAGCCUAUCAAAGGACUUCAGUUAAUUUGCAUUCAUAACUUUUUUGAUACUGGUGUAAUUCAAUUAUGGUUUGUACACAUUUUUAAAAUAAAGAACCUCUCUUAA